AUUCUACUAAACAAAAUGGCGUUACUUUCGAGCGUGAGUGUGUAAAGAAUUUUACGUUCGUGGUACAAAGAAAUUGUAUUUUCCGUAUAAAAUUUUACUCUUGGAACUUAUUUACUUGUUGUAUUUAGUCAUAGUGGUUCGUGGUUACAGUUUCGAUUCCCGUGUGUUGGUUUACUCUUUAGGAUUACUUAGCAAAGUUCGAUCAUGAGUAAUUACGAAGAUGAUCAGAGUGAGGAUGGGGAAUUAGCGCGUAGCCCAGUUCAUGACGAAAUGGACUUCAGUUUAUCUGAUGAAGAUCGAGACAAUGCUGAUUCCUUGAUAAUAAAGCCUCCUCAAGCAGUGAUUCGUACUUCACAUCGAGAUAAAAGAGGCCAUAAGCGGACUGCAAAAGAUAGAUAUAAAGAUACUGUCAGGAAAGAAAAGAAACAUCUGUACAGGGAACGAGAUAAGUCUGACAAAACUAAACGAGAGAUUACUAAGAAUUCUGAUCGUGAGGAUACGGCCAAAGACUACUAUAGGGAAAAACCAUAUUAUAGAGAGAAAGAACUAUAUAGAGAUAAUAAAGAAACAUUUAGGGACAAGGAGGCAUACCGAGAAAAAGAAGCUUAUAAUAGAGAUAAAGAAAUGUACAGAGAGGGCAAAGAGGUUUACAGAGAUACUAAAGAUAUGAGGGAAAAAGAAUUUUACCGUGAGAGAGAAAAAGAAAUGUACAAAGAAAAAGAAGUCUAUAGAGAAAAGGACCCUUACAGAGAAAGGGAACAUUUAUACAGGGAGAGAGACAUGUACAGAGAUCCUUCUUUUAGAGAUGCCACUAGAUCUAGAGAUGUCUAUAAAGAAAAGGAAAUGUACAAGGACAAAAAUGAACAGCAACGAGACAUGUAUCUAAAUCGCGAUAGACAAUACAAAUAUUCAGAGGCUGAACGGAAACACAAUGAAAGAAUAGAGUCCAGAUUAAGAUUGUUGGCUGAAGAAGGCCACACAAAUCAUAAUAAUGAAAAAGAAAAUAGAGACAGGACAUCUGGAGAUAAGGAAUUAGAAGACUUAAGAACAAGAUUAUUGAAUAAAAGAAUAUCAAAAGAAUUACAAGGUCAAGAUGUCAAGAAAGGUUCUGAUUAUUAUGAAAAGGAAAGUAAACCUUCUUCUCGUCAUUCAUCACUAGAUAAACAUCAAGAGCAUAGGAAGAACAAAGUUUUGUUUGCCGAUAAAGAAAGGGAAAAAAGAAAACAUGAAUCGCGCACAGAAUUGGAAGCCAGGAGACAAGAGCACCGAAGACGCGGCAAAAAACGUUCUGUUUCACCUGAUGAUGCAGCCACUAAGAAAACCAAGACAAGUAAUUCACCUAACUAUGGCGAUUCUGUGGUUACCGUAUCAGAUUCUAGUGAUGUAGAAAUGAAGAGUGAAUCACCACAUUCAGAGCAUGAAGAAGGUGAGCACACAAACAGUGAAACUGAUGAUGACAGCUCAAGCACUGAAUCGGACUCAGCAGCAGACUCUAAAUCAGAAGAGGAUGAAGAAAAUAAGGAUGAUGAAAAGGCUGAGAAAGAAGACAAGGAAAAAGAACGAAUUAACGAGAAGACAAGACCACCAUCCAAAUCAAAGUCAAAAUCACCAAGCCCCAAGUCCAAGCAUGACUCUCUACCAUCAUCUCAUGGCUCACACAGUUUCAGGUCAUUAUCCAGAUCUAAGAGCAGAAGCAGAUCCCAUUCGUUCUCACCUCCCCCUCCUGGUGAAAAUGGAAAGCCUGCUGAGGAAGAAAUUAAACCUAAUGAAGAUGAUGAGGAAACAAGACAGAGAGAGGAAGCUAUUAAUGCCCUGCCACCUUACUUCCCUGCACUACAGGGUUGUCGGUCAGUUGAGGAGUUUCAAUGUCUAAAUAGAAUAGAAGAAGGCGCAUAUGGAGUGGUUUACAGAGCACGUGAUAAAACCACUGACGAAAUUGUUGCUCUAAAACGACUCAAAAUGGAAAAGGAGAAGGAAGGAUUCCCCAUCACAUCUCUGAGAGAGAUUAACACAUUAUUGAAGGGCCAGCAUCCUAACAUAGUCACUGUGCGCGAGAUCGUGGUGGGUUCCAAUAUGGAUAAAAUAUUCAUUGUCAUGGACUAUGUUGAACAUGACUUGAGGAGUCUUAUGGAGACGAUGAGAGGAAAGAAACAAGUAUUUUUACCGGGAGAAGUUAAGUGUUUAAUGGUUCAAUUACUAAAGGCCGUUCAUCACCUACACGACAACUGGAUCUUACAUAGAGAUCUUAAAACUAGUAAUCUUUUGCUUUCGCACAAAGGAGUUUUAAAGGUUGGAGACUUUGGGUUAGCCAGGGAGUAUGGAUCCCCACUCCGCCAAUAUACACCAAUUGUAGUGACACUAUGGUACCGUGCGCCCGAAUUACUCUUGUGCUGCAAGGAAUACUCGACGCCUAUCGAUAUAUGGAGCGUAGGCUGCAUAUUCGCUGAGUUUAUAACUAUGAAUCCAUUGUUCCCGGGGAAAUCUGAAGUAGAUCAACUCAAUAGAAUAUUUAAGGAUAUGGGCACACCAUCAGAAAUGAUUUGGCCUGGUUACAGUGAAUUACCUGCAGUACAAAAAAUGACAUUUGCCGAACAUCCUUCUGGUGGUCUUAGACAGCGAAUAGGUUCCGAGCUGCUGACUGAUACAGGCAUGUCUUUGCUGCAAGGAUUUCUAACAUAUAAUCCAGCAAGAAGAGUGACGGCCGAUGCAGCGUUGGAGCAUGCCUACUUUAAGGAGCAGCCGGUGGCCAUCGAGCCGGCCAUGUUCCCGACGUGGCCCGCCAAGUCGGAGGGCAACCGUCGCAGCACGCACAGCCCGCGGCCGCCGGCGGGCGGCGCGGCCUACGCGCAGUACGCGCGCGCCGACUCGGACGAGGCGCGCGGCUUCCAGCUGCACCAGCGCUCGCUCAACGUGGCGCCCGGCUUCUCGCUCAAGUUCUAGCGACGGCGCGCCGCCCGGCGCGACCACCGAUAGACUUUUCACUCAUUUUAACUAGUGUAAUGUCGUUCUGAACUAGCUUCGUGCUCGACAAAUAGUUAUCUCAAUACGUGCUGUGGGUACUUUAAUUGCAGAAGAAAAAGCUAGGUUCCAUUACCGAGGCUAUGAUGAAUAAACACUAAAAUCCCGUGCAAGCCCCAGGCAGAAGCAGAUAAUGUUAAUAUAAAAAAAAACUAAACGAAGAUGACCAUCAUCAUGUGACGGAUUAAUAACAAAAUUCGAUGUUAGACAAUGAUCAGAGUUAUAAAUGAAAGAAAACUGCCAUUUUUAUAAGUAUUCUAUAUAUUGCAAUUAAAUCAUGCAGUCGACAUUUGCAAACAACGUUAUAAUAGAUAACAACAAGCUCAUGUAUAUAAUGUUAUUUGAUGUACUUAUGAAUCAAAUACACAAUUACUUAAAAUUUAAAUAUUUCCUUGUAACUCUUUGCCAUUGUUGAUGUAUGUAUUUGUAAUAUAACAUAAAAAAAAAUAUUUUUUCAUUAUUAUAUGUAAAUGUAUCUAGAGUCUGACGCGCAAAAGAUUUGUUCGUUUUGAAGUAUGUGUCGGCCAAAUGUUGAAUGCACAUAAUGUUUCAAAUUAUAAUUCAACAUACUUGUGUAGUUACACUGUGUAAAUACCUCGUAUUUUUAGUGGUGAACCUCAAUGAAGGUAAAAUUAGUGUAGAAUUAAAAAUAUGGUACAAUAAUUAUAUGUUUUGAAACGAAAA